AAAAAUAGCCAGCACUUCAGAACUAGAAACUUUCCCGAGCCACAAGGGUGCCAUGGUGGAGGUAUCAACCACCAAGAAAACAAAAAAUAAUGCUUUUAAAAAGGAUUCCCCCAAAAUGGAGGACUCAUAACCCUGAGAAAAAUGUAAAUAUUGUGCUUGAGUGACUUUGUAUUCUUGCUUCAAAACAAAAUCAUUCUCUUGUUUCAACUGACUCAAAGACACUUUAAAAAUGGCAGCAGUUUUGGAUCAAUUUAUGGAAUUUCACUCAGUUCAUGGGACUAACGUUCAACUGGACCCUUCGAGGACUCGGGCCACCAGAGUAGAAAGUUUUGCAAAUGGCGUCUGCUUCAGUAAAGACCCUUUAAGCCCAGGAGAGAUUUUCCUAGUGGAGAUUGAAGAGAAAGAACUAGGCUGGUGCGGUCAUUUGAGGAUCGGACUGACUGCCCAUGACCCUCGAACGCUGGACACUGUGCCAGAAUACUCUCUGCCUGAUCUGGUGGAAAAGGGAGACAGCUGGGUGUUCGCAAUCACAAGAAAUCACAAUAAAGUCACUGAGGAUGAAGGAGCAGAAGUAGAACAGCCAAAUGAGGGUAAUGACACCAGCAGCAAACCUAAAACCUUUUUCACAGACACUCACUUGUAUAUAGAAAACAUGGGAAUACCUAGAGAUAAACUAGUGGGACGCAGUCGACCAGGGAGGUUCAGUCACAUUCUGGACGAUCUGUACAAAACCAACGCUCUACCGCCAACUGCCCGCCGUAGUCGGAUAGGGGUUGUCUAUGUGCCAAAGGGACAAGGUUGUGCCGACAUGCAUAUUAUCAUCAACGGUGAAGACAUGGGAGCCUCUGCUAAAAGGAUUCCCAUUAAUAAGCCAUUAUAUGCAGUUGUGGAUGUAUUUGCAGCUACCAAAUGUGUUCGGAUUGUUCAGGUGGAAUAUGGCUUUACCUCGUUGCAGACGCUCUGCCGACAGACAAUCCAGAAACACAUCGUUCACAGGAUGGCUUUGGAUUGGUUGGAACUUCCGGAGUUACUUAAACAUUAUUGUAAAUAUGAGUGAGCAAGACAUAUUAGCCCUUGUGGAUAAUUAUAGACACUUUAUUUUUUGCUUACAUGUUGGCUGUGUUAUUGCAAGUAGCUUAAAUUUUGGUAAAAGGGGAAUUCUUUUAUUGAAAUUGGAUAGUUUACCCUGAUUGGCGUUCAGAAAUCUAUUUUACAAAAAAUAAAUAAAUAGUUAUACUUGGGACCUUCAGGAGAAAAAUAUCCAAAUGUUGUUAAGAAGGCUUUCAUUAAAUAAAAAAAAUCUGUAAUUUUUAGGCACAUUUUUUCAAAGUUUGGCCUCUGCUUUUGAAAAUAGCUAUCCAAAUAUAUUUAAAGUAUGCAAUUAUAAUUAUCUGGGUGUUUGUACAGAUAUCAGAGUUUGUUUUGUAUUCUGAAAAAUUUGUAUGUGUGUGAGUUUUUCUUUUCAAUGUGACACUAAAAGCAGCAAAAUUAAUGAUGUUUCUGAAUCUUAACAUACGUUUUCAUUAUUUAAAAAACUGUUAUGUAUGAUUUUCAGGACAUUUUAGGAUAAGGAUUAAAGUCCUCAAUAUUAGUGCAUUUUUGGAUGUUAUCAUGGCUCUUUCUGGUCAUUUCUGGACACACACAUAUCACAUCAGUACCUUUUGAAAGGGUACUUGAAAAGUUACUACUGUUGACCUUUAUACCCUUUUUGUGUUCAGUAAGCCAUUACUGCAUUUGUAAAUAUGUCAAAUUUAAUGUCAGCCUGACCCAAAAUACAAUAAAUGACUGGGUCUAUUAAAAACA